AUUAUUUUAUCCUUUAAUUAGAAUUUAUAUAGUUUGUGAUUAGAACUUAGAGUACCUAUCAUAUCAAAUUUAAAAUGCACAAUACAAUGCGAUUCUAUUGAUUUUAUAUUGGAUUUAAGAAACCGAGUGGUACACGUUACGCUGGUACGCGGUGACGGUGACGUAAAAUUUGAUAAUAUUUAUUUUCAAAAUGGAUUCUUCAUACAAUAAUCCUUUGAGACAAAGAAUAAAUAAAAUAUUCGACAGCCACAUCAUAUCAGAUAAUAGUGAAGCAUUGAACACUGUAUCUGCAUUAUGUUCUUCAAAUUCUUCAUACACAAGAAGAGUGCUUGUUGAUGAAGUCGAAAAAAAAGAUAUGCUAGUGAACAAAACAAUUCUUGUUGAAUAUAAUAAAGUUAAUGAUAAACUACAUAUACUUAUCAAUUCGUUGUCGACACUGGAGACUGCUGUUAAAGAUAUGUCGAAUAGAUUAAAUGAGUCAAAAACAAAAACGCAUCAUUUGAUUACUCAGACAACAAAACUAAAAGAUGAAAGAAAGAAAACUGAGAAAAAAAUUGUGUGGGUGGAUGCAUUUCUAAAAUCUUUCCAAAUUUCUUCAGAGCAAAAUGAAUAUCUAUACAAUGUAUCCAUAAAAACACCACUUACAAUAGAUUUCUUUGAUACACUUUCUCAAAUUGAAAAAUUGUAUAAAAACUGCAAGACAUUGGUAAAGUGCUGGUAUGAAACUUCUGCUUUUGACAUUAUGGAAAUUAUAGGGAUGCAACAAGAAGCUGCUAUAGAAAAAUUAUAUCAUUGGACAGUUGGUGCUUGCGUGUCAAUUGAUUCCCCAAAUAAUGCAUUAGUACCUAAAGCUUUGGAAAAAUUCCAAAAUAGACAAGUGUUAUUCUCUAAUAUUGUUGAUGAAUAUUGCUCAGCACGCAAGGCUCUAACGGUUCAGGCUUUUAUUGAUGUUUUGACAAAAGGAGCUGAAGGAUCAAAUCCAAUAGAAUUUUAUGCAAAUGAUGCUAAGCGUUACAUAGGAGAUAUUUUAACAUGGGUCUAUCAAAUAAUUCCUAUAGAGAAAGAAAACCUUAACUCAUUAUUCAAGUUUUGCAAUAUGAAAGAUAAAAAUCAACAAAUCACGGAUGCCCUCACCAGCAUCAUGGAAGCUAUAUGCCCUCUAUUGAAAGUUAGGGCUGAACUAAUACUGAAACCAGACAAAGACCCUUUAGUUUUAUGGUCUAUUACAAAUUUAAUCUUGUACUACAAGAAUGUUAUACAAUGUGUAACUCCAAAAGGUCACUUGAUCGACACCUUUGAUGAACUUCUAAAAAAAAGUGAGGAAGUGUUCCUCAUAACCUUGGAUAGUAAGAUUCAGAAAGAGCUAAGCCAUGGAGUCAAAGCUCCACCUGUUGACCUGAACCCUUCCAUUGUUGUGGCAGAUUUGGUUACCUUCCUUAGGGAUUUGCUGGCUGUCAUGAAUAUAACAAACAAUUUAAAUAAUGGAGAUAGAAAAAUAAUUACAACUCAUAUUUUGGAUCCAUUGCUUCAUGCCAUCAAUGAGACUGCGUGUCAUUUGAGCUCAACAGAUAUGUCAGUAUACAUGCUUAAUUGUAUUUAUCACAUACAGUGUACAUUGUCUCUCUAUACAAUAAUGGAUGAUUACAAUGAAAGAUUGCAAGCUCAGUCAGAGGCACAAAUUGAUACUUUAACAUCAGAACAAGCCAGUUAUCUCGUAGCCAAUUUAAAUUUAGGACCAAUAUAUACUAUAUUGCAAGAAAAAACUAGUGGGCCACUUUCGGCUCUACCUGGUAUGGAUACAUCAACAUUGAAACAAUUCCUUAAUAAAUUUGAUAUGUUCUUAGUCUCGCCAGAAAUGUAUAUCUUGCCUCAACUGAAUUUGUUGUUGAGUCACAGUCAUAAGUCUUAUGUUAAGAAACGUGCUUUUGAAGUCAUAAUGGCGAUUUAUAAUCAAUUAUAUUUAGCUGUUCAUGAUCCUAACAAUGGUUAUAUUGAUCCUCAUUUAACCAUGCGAAGAACACCUGAUGAGGUGAACCACUUGCUUAAAUAGUGAAAUAAAAUUAUAUGAUUUGACUGGGCUGGGAAAUAAAUCUGUUUUAAAAAC